UUUGUUUAAUUACGUGGAUGAGCAAUUUUUGAUGACUUAAGAGAAGCAGAAAAACUGUUGACUCUAUCAAGAAGAAAAGAUUCGACAGAGAAGAUGAUGAAAGAAAUGAUAGAGUUGCACACAGAUAUUUUGAUCAAUAUACAGCCCCACCUGCUGAACAUAUUCACAGAGACACAAUGAGCUCUAAAGAGUCUUAUCUUGAUUUAGAAAAAAAGAAAAUUAGAAAAUAAGAAGAAAAGGUUGAGAAAAUUGAAAGAGCCACGAGAGUUUCCUCAUGAUCCUAGAUUUUCAUGUACUCCAGAACCUUCUUACAUCCCAGAGCCUCCAUAUCCUCCUGAUACUCCUAAGGAUCUUGUGUAUGGAGAGGAAGAGUCUGAGAUCAGUGAGAAAGAGGAAGACUUCGAAGGAUAUCAUAAGGAAGAUCCCCAAAUAGGUGAAAUACUCAAAGAUUACAAACAAAUUAGGUUCCAAAGCCAAAAUAAUCCUCAAAUUCAAAAUUUCCAAGAGUCGUCUUUUGUUUAUGGAAAUGAGCGAAAGUUUGAAAAGAAUGAAAUAUCUUUUGAUGAAGAAAAAUCUAAAGAGGAAGAGUCACCUAAGAGAGAUGAAGAUCUUCAAGAAGAACAAAUACCUCAUGAAGAGCCUCCACAGAAGGAACAGACCCCUUAUGAAGAAGAACCUACUGAGCUUGCUAUCAAAGGGAUCAAAAACCCAGGAUUUGACUGUUUCAUGAUAUCAGCACUUCAGUGACUAAUGUCGAUCCCUGAAUUUGUAAAUUACUUUUGUCACAUAUUUGAAAGGAGGGAUCACCUAACUUUUUCCAGUCAGCAUCAAAAUGACUACGAGAUGUCUCACGAUAAACCUAAAUACUGAAGCAAGCUUCAAGACUUCAUGAUCAGGUAUUGUUACUCGGAGUCUUAUUCUGUGUCAGCAAAGAAGUUCAGGCCUCUUUUUGAACGAGAAUUUCCAAGUUCCUACCAACAUGAUGCUUCAAAAUUUAUUUUGUUUUUAUUUGAAAAAUUACAAAAAGAGCUAAAUGACCCUACAAAAAGUUUUGUGUCGACUGGGUUUAACGAGUUCAAGGAUCCCUGGAUAGCCUAUUUCCAGGCACAUAACUCUAUUAUUGAUGAACUAUUUGUUGGGAUGUAUGAGAUCAUCAUGAAGUGAGAGCACUGUAGAGAUGGGCCACAUAAGUAUGAAGAGUUUAAGAACAUCCCGAUUCAAUGAUACGUUGAGAUGCAUGAGUUUGGGUUUCAAGAAUUCUUGGAUUUAGGCGUCGACAAAGAGCCAAUACAGAUGUAUUGUAAACAAUGUCAUGUAGAAGCUACUUUUUUGAUGUAUAAGAAGAUUAUUCAUCACCCAAAAUAUUUGAUUUUGACUUUUCAGAGGUUUUCUCCUUAUACUAACUCGAAAAUCGAGAAGUAUAUGAAUUAUGAGAGUGAAUUUACACUACCUUCAAAUAAUAGUUCUGAUGACGUGAAGUACUCUCUUUUUGGUGUAGUGCUACAUUCUGGUGGCCUCCAAUUUGGCCAUUACACCUCUAUUUGCAAGAGAGGAAAAGACUGGCUUUAUUUCAAUGAUUCUUCAGUUGAUUACGUUAAAAAUGAGAACCAAGAAGAGCCAGAUGCCUACAUCUUAUUCUACAAAAGACUUGAUUUAUAGAUGUUAUUACUUGGAUUAAACUAUAAUAAUGCGAUGAAAGAGGAAGCUGACGC